GUUCGGUUCAGAAACAACACGCGCAAUUCGUCGCUCGCCGCUCCUUCCUUUGUUGUUCCUGCUUCUCCCUGCAUUCGUAGGGCGUUCGCCCGCUGUCGAUCGGUCAAAGUUUAUGCACGUCUUUGCUGCACCCUGCACAGUCGUUUAAAAGUAAAGAAAAGCUUCACACCGCGCCGACUACAAUCGUGCCGUUGUUGAGUUGAACCUUACCGCAUUUGUGUCAAUUCACGUUCACCUCAGCGGAUGCUACGGACGGUGACCUUCGUAACAACCACCUCAUCUGGGUGCCUAGCUUCCCAUCACUAUCCCAAAAAUAAGAGUCUGGAACAAGAUGUCAACAUCGACGGCGCUGACUACGACUGAGACCAUCUCACUUGUAGCGCUCUCAUGGGCAAGCAUUGCGGUCUUGGCGAACACCUUUCGAGGUGAGGGUGAACCGCUCAUUGCAUCGAUAGCAUUCAGUGCACUCGCGUUUGCGGCAUGCUAUGCAUUGAUACGAUGGCUUGGAGAUGCGUUCAUUCGACGUGGGUUCAAAGGGAAGGACCUUUGCAAGGUGAAGAAGUCCGAAAUUCCUGAGACCAUGGGCGCAGUGUGUGCUAUGGUGUACCUGUUCAUCGUGAUCUUUUUCAUUCCUUGGCCGUUCUACAAGGACAUCGUUGUUGCAACAUCAGGUGGAGGUAACCGAGACGUCAUCAAAGAGCUAGAAGAGGUUGAAACAGGACGACUCCUUCACAGGUUCCCUCACAAUAAACUUGCAUCUUUCCUCGGAGCUAUCCUUUCGUUGCAAUGUAUCGUUCUACUCGGAAUUGGCGACGAUCUGUUCGACAUUAGAUGGCGACACAAGGUCCUGAUCCCGGCCGUUGCGUCCAUACCGAUGCUUGUCGUCUACUUUGUGGACUUUGGCGUCACGCAGAUGGUCGUUCCUCUCCCUCUGCGACCGUACUUGGGCGAGCUAUUUGACCUAGGCUGGCUAUACUACGUAUACAUGGCACUGUUGUCCAUCUUCUCCUCGAAUAGCAUCAACAUUCUCGCAGGCAUCAACGGCAUCGAAGUCGCUCAGUCGAUCGUCAUUGCAGUGCUUAUAGCCGGCAACGAUAUGCUCUAUUUGUCACCUUUCACGACUUACCCGCAUCCGGCAACAGACUCGCAUCUCUUCUCACUGUACUUCCUGCUACCUUUCAUCGGAGUAUCAGUAGCACUACUGAAGCACAACUGGUACCCUGCCAAGGUAUUUGUAGGCGAUACUUACUGCUACUUUGCCGGCAUGGUUUUUGCAGUGGUUGCUAUUCUAGGGCACUUCAGUAAGACGCUAAUCCUGUUGCUCCUGCCGCAAGCGUUCAACUUUGUGUACUCGGCUCCUCAGUUGUUCCACAUCAUACCGUGUCCCCGACAUCGGCUUCCACAUUUCAAUGCACGGACAGGUCUACUCGAGCCCUCGCGCGUACAGUUUCAGAGGCCUCUACGACAACCGAUAGCGGAGAGCCUCAAGGUGCUGCACCGGCUUCGGUUGCUUGAUCUUGAGGUUGAUGAGCAGGGGCAGGUGCUCUCAUCCUCCAACUUCACGCUAAUCAAUCUGUGGUUGGUGAGGUUCGGUCCCAUGCGGGAGGAUCGGCUGGCGUUGGAGUUAUUGGCGUUUCAGUUCGCAGUCGGAGUAUUGGGAUUAUUUGUUCGACAUCGCAUGGCACUGCUCAUCUUCACGGCGGACAAUUGGUAAAGCAAAGCAUGUAAGAGCAUCUGCAUGGCCACACAUUCUGCAUUGAUUGCGGGAAAUUAGAGGAUCGUCGACAUCUUUUGUGUAAUACAACAAUUCCACACAACACGGACCACGGAUCAAUCGCACAGGCGCGGUCGGCAGGCAAAUGUGCAUGCGAGUGGUGAGAUGCAUGAGCUUUGCCAUGUCGCGGAGGGCGAAUCGGAGGCUCGAUGGAAGUGAUGACUGACGGCGAGGCGGUGCAGUCUGAGAUGCGGGGCGGGGCGGG